GCGGUUUCUUUCUUCUGUAUGAAUAUUUGCAGUCCUCUCAUACUUUAGUGAUUCUAUUAAUGUGAUUAUACCUCGAACGAUACUAUGGCAACAUCACAAGAAGCAAUUGAUGCUUUUAGUGCGGCUGGCGGGAGCGGUCAAGAUACACAAAAUGAUGCAAUUUCCAAUCCGAUUGAAGUUGAUGAUAACGACACACUUGAGAACGAUUCCGCAUUUGGUGGACCUGCAGCGAGCAAUACGAGUAAGACAUCGUUAACGUCUGGAAUCACUCGAUAUAGAGAAGAGAAUGGUCGGAGAUACCAUGCUUAUAGAGAUGGCAAAUAUCUGAUGCCCAACGAUGAUGAUGAGCAAGAUCGUAUGGAUCUACUUCAUCACGUUUUCAAUCUCGUUCUAGAUGGGAAGCUAUACUUGGCUCCAAUCGAGAACCCUCAACGGGUACUUGAUGUUGGAACCGGUACUGGAAUUUGGGCAAUUGAUUUCGCCGAUCAAUAUCCUUCGUCGCAUGUUGUGGGCUGUGACUUAUCCCCAAUUCAGCCUGGCUGGAUCCCACCGAACCUUGAAUUCGAGAUCGAUGAUGUCGAAGAUACAUGGCGUUAUAGUCAGAAAUUUGAUUUUAUACACAUUCGCUCAUUGGGUGGUUCUAUUGCUUCUUGGCCUCAUCUUCUAGAUCAAGCUCGUGAUAAUUUGAAUGAAGGAGGUUAUAUCGAGCUUGUGGAUUUCGAAUAGUGUGUCUCAACUUCAUUCCAUCCUCCCUCUUCUUUGAAUCUUCAUUCUAUGAGGCCUUACCCAUCACUUGAACGAUUCCAAUCUAAACCUUUACCACAGUCAUGGAUACUCAGACGAUGGGACAGGAGAGCUAGCUCCAUCGUUCCAAAAGUGGCAAGCGGGCCUUGAUGAAGCAUCCAAAUUAUUCGGUCGAGAUUUAAAUGUCGCCAUGAAAUUUAAAGAUUGGUUGGAAGAAGCUGGAUUCGAAGCAGUGGUGGAGAGACAUUGGAGACUCCCCAUGGCCCCCUGGGCUCGGGACCGUCGCAAUAAGGAAAUUGGCCUCUAUUUGCAACAAAACAUGUUAGACGCAACUGUCGCGUACGGAAUGGCGCACUUCACAAGGAUAUUAGGAUGGAGUCCUGAAGAAUACCAAGUUCUCGCCGCCGGCGUCCGCAACGAAUUCAAAGAUCCCCGCGUCCACAAUUGGUGUAACAUGUACAUAGUAUACGGACGCAAACCCAUCAGUAGCGGAGAGGAAACUAUCUCGCCUGCAUUAGGAGCACCUGUGCUUUCUACUGGUGCUGAUUUAAUUUCUGGUAACGAGACAAGGUAUGCAGGGAGGGGUAAGAAUAAGGAUAAGGAGGUGGAAAGUGCGAAUGUAGGAGAAGAGAAAGUAAGCGGGAAGGCAACGGAACAGGAGAGGAGAGACGAGAGCGAUAUUGCAGCAGCGGUUAAAGAAGCGGCGGAUAAUGUGAUGGCGCAGGGAAAGGGGAAGAGUAAGGUUUUGGAGGUUGUGGGGGAGGGGGGCGCGCUAGGAAUUGCACCGGGGAAGGGAAAAAGUGUGAAAUGACUUCGUUGGAGGAAAGGAAAAUGAGGAGAUGAUAUAAAUGGAGCUGGAAUUGGAUGGCAUACGGUUCCAUGAUAUUGAUGAGGAAAAAGUGUCGGGAGAUGAGGAGAUAAAUUAACGUGGGAAAUAGAUGGUGGUAGGGAUUUAAGAGUUUCAUUUUCAGUUAUGGUCAACUUAAUGUAGUGGAGGGAAAUGGAAUGAAAAUUCAAUGAUAGGAGAUAUUGAUUAGCACAAGGAUAUGGAUAUAAAUAUAGCUAAUUCAAUCUUAUAAUAUGAAGUAGUUCGGCUAGAGUA